CUUCUGCGGCGCGGGCACUACGCGGAGCGGGUGGGGGCCGGCGCGCCCGUUUACCUGGCGGCCGUGCUGGAGUACCUGACGGCCGAGAUCCUGGAGCUGGCGGGCAACGCGGCCCGCGACAACAAGAAGACGCGCAUCAUCCCCCGGCACCUGCAGCUGGCCAUCCGCAACGACGAGGAGCUCAACAAGCUGCUGGGCAAGGUGACGAUCGCGCAGGGCGGGGUGCUGCCCAACAUCCAGGCCGUCCUGCUGCCCAAGAAGACCGACAGCCACAAGGCUAAAGCCAAGUGAACGCAGCGGAAAAGCAGCACGUUGUCUUUUCCGGAGAUGAUAAUCCAAAGGCUCUUUUCAGAGCCACCCACAAAAUCAUAAGAGAGCUCCGUUAUCCGUACGCUGUUUAUGCUGUCUUAUAUGAAUUACUCAACUCGUGUUUAGUCUUAUUUUCUCCACGUUUAUUGACAGUAUUUUUGGCUUGGAGAUAGUAGCAACGCUUUUGUUAACACAAAGCCGUGCCAAAACGUCCUCUGAAAGCAAGUCCUUCCUAGGAUGGGGCAUUUUCCGUUCAGUCUUAAGCCGGAGAAGGGAACCGCGUAUUUCGGCGAGCGCUCCCGUCCCUCCCCUUCCCCCCUUCUUCCGCCCUUUUCUUCUCCGGGAGUGGCUGAAGCGGCACCAGAGCUACGAGGCGAAGGGGGGGAAGGGGCAGCGGGCCGGGCUCUCCGCCGGCCAAUCCUUGGUCAGGGCGGGCUUUUU